GGCAAGGAAGCACCAAAGAGUUUCCCCAUCCAUCAACGAGAGCAAAGAUCAACCAGAGCCGAGCCACAAUCUGGAGUAGCGCAACGAAAGCUGCCUACUCAGAGAAUUGCAGCAGCAGGAGAAGCAGCAGACAUAAAUCGAACUCAAAAUGUCCAGCAGCAGCAGCAAGGAUGAUGCCACAGCAUCGAAUGCCGGCGCCGUUACCGUUGCCGCUGUUGCUGCAGCAUCUGCAGCGGCCACUGCAUCAUAUGCGAAUGUAGUCCAGAAUCUGGAUAACAAGAAGGCAGCAGUAGCCACUGCUACUGCCACUGCCACUGCUGCAGCCGCUGCCACUGUGGAUAACAAGGAGAAUCAACCGAAUUUGAAGACGCUCAAAUCGUGGAGUGAGGAAACCGCUGCUGCUGAGGCCGCUGUCGAAGAGCCGCCCACUGUGGGCGAGAAACGUGCCGCCGCUGGCGGCGACAAUACCGCUGAGAACUCUUCAGAACUGGAUGACAAUAAUGACUUUUUGCCGGUGCUCUCAUCGCAUCAUCGGCGUGACCGCAAAAAGGCACGCAAGGACAAGCCAACGCCGCGCGAAUACCGGGACAAGCAACAGCCGUCAGCUGGUGGCAGUGGCUCCGGUCCAGUUCAGGGCCAGGGCCAAAAGUCGGCUGCCGGACGUCGUCUGCCCGGCGGCAUCGAAGCUGACGGACGCAAGCAUAUGGCCAGGCAACGCAUGCCACGCGGCAACAGUCCACGGAAAAACGUUGGCGCCCCGGGAGCUAGCACCAGCGGCAGCGCCAACGUCAACGGCAAGACUCAAAAGGAACGCAAGUCUGAUACCUCACCCAGCGCCAGUCUGGAGGCUAACAACAGUGGCAACGAGGCCAAAGCCGGGGACACCGAUGCCCAGGCAGCCGCCUCCACUGCAGCAUCACCAGCUGCGCCACAGCCAAAACGCUUCAUCGCAGCGCCGCCACCUAAGGUUAACGCUUGGAAGAUAUCAACAAAACAAGUGGGCAGCCCGAAAGCUGGCAGCUCGCCAUUGGACAAACGCGUCUUGCAGCCAAAAGCGCAACAGCAAUCAAAACAGACUGGCAGCAGCAACAGCAACAAUAAUAAUAAUAAUAGCAACAAAAAGACACAGCAGCAGCAGCAACCGCAGCAGCAACAACAACAACAACAACUGAAACAAGUGCAACAACAACAAGGAGCUGCAGCACAAACGGCAAUAAAGACCACGACAAUAACUGCAACAGCAACAACAGAAGCAGGAGCAACAGUAGCAGCAGCAGUUGUCGCAGUUACAGCAACAACAACAAAAGAAGCUGUUUCAACGAAUGUUGAUGCCAGUAUUGCGGAUGCGCUCGUUGGUUCAGUGGUAAAGGACAAAAGGAAGGUCAAUCAAAAGGCCAGCGACUUUAGCAACGUUGGUGAGUGGCCUACGCUUAUCGGCGGAGUUUCCGGCAGUGGCAAAGCCACCGUUAACGAGCCCAAACGUAACGCAACAAAGAAACAGCCUGUGGCCAAAGCAGCAACUGCAGCUGGCGUAGCAGCAGCAGGCACCGCCUCAGCCAAUCAACCCGCAACUUCAGUGACUACAGCAGCAGCUGCCACAAGCAGCGACAGCAACGCCGAGCCAAACGUAACCUCAGUUGCCACUAGCAGCAGCAGCAACCAAGCCCAGAACGCCACAGUCAGCACGAGUCAGGAUGCCAAGAGCCAGCGAGAGGCCGAGCAACCCGCUGGCAGCGCAGCUGUCCCAGCUACUGGCGCCCUUGCCGGAGCUGCCAUCAAUAAGAAAAUACCCAAGCACAAGUGGCGUCCACUUCAAAUCGAUCUGGCAAAGUCUAGCCGGCCCAAGCCCAUUGGUGGGCGGCCCAAUCGCCGGUUCAGCGACGAUGCAUACGAGCAGCGACGUCCGCCACGUGCUUACCAUGAGCGCGCUGGCCCAGCGGGAGCCCGAGGCUCUGAGGGCCACGCAGGAAGCGGCGGCCCAGCCGAAUCACGGCCACAUGGUGGCCGUUAUGCGUACAACGCACGCACGUCUGCUGCGACCGAGCGCGUGGAUUCCUGGCGUAGCAGCGGCCCCAGUGCCGCUGUCUACGAUGAGCAGCGCCCCGGCAUCGGAGCCGAGGGGGCAGCCGGUGGUGCCGCAUCAACGUCAGCGCCAGGGGCUGGCGGGUUGCGUGGGCCACGCCGCUUCCGGACGCCGUAUCGGGGCGGGCGGCAAGGGCGCGGUGGAUUCACAAGACCGGGACCAGGUCGUCCAACUAAUCGCAUACCACGCCAUCUGCUAGCUUCUGGCGAGUACGCCAACUACUUGCCGGCGGACGCAGCCGGCGCAGAUUCCUCGCAAUCCUACGUCCUCAUGGGCACCCACUAUUUCGGCAACGUGCCGGCUGCCUACAUUGAAAUGGACGCCACUAGCGUCAAGGAGGCCAUCAAGAAGCAAGUUGAAUACUAUUUUAGCGCCGAUAAUCUCACCGGCGACUUCUUUUUGCGCCGUAAAAUGGACCCAGAGGGUUAUAUACCGGUCACUCUGAUCGCCUCGUUCCAUCGCGUCUUGGCGCUCACCACGGACGUGGCAUUAAUUGUCACCGCCAUCAAGGAGUCGGAUAAGCUGGAACUUUUCGAGGGCUACAAGGUCCGCACAAAGACAACGCCCACCAUUUGGCCAAUUAGCGAUAUCAUUGAUGAAGCUGACAAGUCGAAGUUGCAGCCGAAGCUGCAACAGCAGCAACCACAGCAACAGCAGAAGCAGCAGCCGGAAACCGUUACUGUGGAAGAGCCAGUGCUAAAGAAGACGGAGAAAGCAGAAAACCAGACUGAACCGGUCAAAGAGGCUGUGCAACCACCAGAGGCAUCGGUGGCAACUUUGUCAUCAACGCCACCGCCGCCAGUCAUAUUGAGCCCAGCCAUGGCGACGAGRCCAUUGAAUAGCAUACCGCCGCCGCCGGUGCCGCGCAAUUCGAAUCUGGUGCCUCAGAUGCUGCUGGAGAAGCAGCGACCCACAAUAGCGGCCAUAAACUCGGUGGAUGCGAUCAGUGCGCUCACCCAGCGUGUAGAGGGCGUUGUUGGCCAAAAGGCUGUGGCUGGGGCUGCCGCUGAGCUGGCCGAUCAUCUCAGUGGCCUAGCCGAGAGCGUGAAGCCCAAGAGCAGCUCGACGCCAGAGAAGCGAACGGCGGCGAAGGCAGCUGGAGCUGGCGAAGGUGAUGGGGUAGUAGCUGCUUUGGUGGCGGAGCCUGAGGGCAUGUGGAAAGAGGUAAAGAGACGCUCCAAAACAAAUGCUUUAAAAGAAAACGCUACUAAAUCUAUCAACAACAACAACAACAACACGACAACACAACAGCAAACGCUUUCACAAACGCUCAACAACAACAAUAACAAUGUCAAAAAUGUAAAGCCCAACAAGAACAACAACAACAACAACAACAACCACACCGUCACUGCAAACGCCACCUCGACCUCGUCCAUGUCCACCACGUCCACGUCCUCGUCCAAGUCCUCGUCUGCAUCAAACGCCACAUCCAACGCCUCAUCAGCCAGCAACACAUCCAUCGCUGCCUCUGUUACCACCAAUGCCACCGCCACUACCACCAAUACCACAACCACUUCCACCACUGCCACAAAAAACAAUAAAAAAUCAUCUUCUGGCAACGCUGCUUACACGACCAACUCCCAAUCCUCCUCCAAAACAGCUGCUGCUGCGCCAUCCGCUCAGUGCCAUGCCGAAAAAGAAGAACUAGACUUUCAAUUUGACGAGGAGCUAAUGGACCCCAUACCCGCCACCGGACGCAUCAACAACUUUACCGAAAACUUCUCCGACGACGAYGAAUCCGACUACGAAUUUGCUGACCGUGACAUCAAUAAGCUGCUGAUUGUUGCCCAGGUGGGCCGUCCACCCAAACACGAUGGCUACGAUCGCACCGCCGACUACACCUCACGUACGAAAAUCACUCAGGACCUAGAGAACAUAAUCAACGACGGGCUGGUCAACUAUGAGGAGGACCUGUGGACAACCACCAAUGUGGUGCCCAACACCGACUAUCGCACCGUGAACGUCAUUUCCCAGGCAGACUUUGAGAAGCUGGCGCCCAACAAGAGAGCACCAACCCAGUUGUCCCAUCAACCGCCGCCACCACCGCCGAGCUAUGUGGAUGAGCAUGAAGAUGCUGACGGCACCCUGGUGGAUGCUGAUGCCACACUCAAUUCGACGCUGAACUCCACACUGAAAUCACGUCGUGCGCGCUUCUAUGCCGCGCCCAACUCCCACUCAAUUGAUCCCCGCACUCCAAGGAAACGCAAAUUGCGUCACACCGCCAAUCCGCCGGUGGAAGCUCACGUCGGCUGGCUGCUGGAUACCGUGGAGCAUCGGCCCCGUACUACCUCGAUGGGCUCGUCGGCGGGCACAUCACCCACUACCUCGUCGUAUGGUUCCUUUGGAUCAUCGGUGCCGCAAUCUUUGCCCGUUUUCCAGCAUCCGUCGCAUGCGCUGCUCAAGGAGAACAACUUCACUCAGCAGGCCUAUCACAAGUAUCACUCGCGCUGCCUGAAGGAGCGCCGUCGACUGGGCUAUGGUCAAUCUCAGGAGAUGAACACCCUUUAUCGCUUCUGGUCCUUCUUCCUGCGCGAAAACUUCAACAAGAGCAUGUACAAUGAGUUCCGAACGCUGGCGCUAGAAGAUGCGCGCAACGGCUUCCGCUACGGCCUGGAGUGUCUGUUCCGUUUCUUCUCGUACGGCCUGGAAAAGAAGUUCCGCCCGAAUGUGUACCAGGACUUCCAGGACGAGACCAUUGCCGAUUAUGAAACAGGUCAACUGUACGGCCUGGAGAAGUUCUGGGCUUUCCUCAAGUACUAUAAGAACGGCGAGAAAUUGGAGGUGCAGCCGAAGUUGGCUGAAUAUCUAAAGAACUUCAAGACUAUCGAAGACUUCCGCGUUGUGGAGCCAGAGAUCAAUGAAAUGUUACAGGGUGUGGGUAGUCUGACCCCAGGGCGUCAGCUCAAUAGGCUGCGCAGCGUGUCCGAGAGUGAUGGCACAGCUGUGAUUACCGCUGGUGGAAGACGCCUGAACACCACCAUCACCAAUCGCAGCGACUAUGUGGGUCGUCUKUUGCAGCAGCAGCAGCAGCAACAACAACAACAGCAACAGCACCAACAGCAGCAUAAUCAACACCAUCAGCAGGGCGGCUAUGGGGGCUAUGGACAGCAGCAAAAUCGUCGACGCACCGGCUCCUUUGGCAGCAGCACUGUGCGCGUGCGCAGUGGAUCCUUGGGCAAUAAGCCACAGGUGGUGAAUCGCAAUUAUCAGCAGGGAUCACAGCACGAGCUGCGCCGCGGCGGCAGCAAUUCUGGCCUGGCGCCGCACACACACAAACAGCGCCAAGGGCAACAGCAGCAGCAGCAACAGCACAACAACAGCAGCAGCAGCAGCUGGAACGUCAUCUUCCACCUCGUCGUCGUCGAAGAAGUAAUUCGUAAUUACGCACCAAAACAUGGAUUAAGAUUAAUUAUGACUUACGAUUAGCUUGGAGCUACAAGUUGGAGGGUUUCGUUCGACUAUUCUCCAAUUCUCCUUUGUUUAUUCAAAUAAUUCAUAUAUAUUUUUUAGUAGUAUUUGAGUGAAGCGUUAUGUGGGAACAUCCGUUAGCGUUAGACUAAUUAAGUUAAAUUUGAACUUUGUUUAUUGCAAUUUCUUAAAGUUGGUUUAGUAGUUACGAUUAACUGUUUCGAUUAUUUUUUUUUCUUCUCUUUCUCCACGUCUAACUGAAACGAAUGCUUAUGAAAUGCUCAAUGUUUGUUGUUAGCACAUGCAUACAUACAUACAUACACAGACAUAGACUCUGAUACAAACACACCCAUAUAUACAAACAGCACACAUAUACAUAUUCACAUACACAGGCAGCCUGUGCUCUGUGCCCAGUGCCAACCAGCUAUGAACUAAAUUUAUAAUUUUACAUUUUCAUCGCUUUUCAUUCACAGUUUGUUCAUAUUUGAAUAUAUAGAUGGUUAGAUAUUUAUAUAUUUUGUACGAGACAAACAAAUUUCCUACAGAAGCAGCGUUGUUAUUUGAACGCAUUGCCAUGAACUGUUGUACUAUAUAUACGAUAAAUAUAAAGGUCAAGAUAUAACGAUAAAUAAUAA